UUUUGCAGGCUGCUGUGAGAGAAGAAAGGCUGCCUUGUUGCUGCCAGAGGUGGGGCACCCGGCUGGGCUGGUCUUCGCUCCCUUGCUAGCAUUCCUAGAACAGAGUCUGCUUGUGAAGGGCAGCAAUCACCCUUCGUGCUGGGGCUUCCCAGGAGCUGAGCUAGGCCGCACCUCAAGGCCAUGGUGUGAACAGAGCACAGGGACAUGAACGCUCUGCCACUGGAGCUGGUGGUCGGUGCUUGGCCCAGUGCCAGGGUGAGGAUCCAAGGGCAGGAGAGUGCCAGGCACAUUGAUGAAGUUGCCAUGGAAGCUUCAAACAGGAAUGUUACCAGCCCGACCCGCAAAGUCCAAGCAAUCAUCCAGAACAAUCCUCUGGACCUAAUAGACAUGGGCAAGGGGCUGAAGGUCCAGACCGACAAGCCACAUCUGGUGAGCCUGGGCAGUGGCCGGCUCAGCACCGCCAUCACCCUCCUGCCCCUAGGAGAGGGGAGGACCAUGAUUGGCUCGGCCGCUAAGGACAUUGUUCUGCAGGGGGCUGGGUUGGCCUCUGAGCACUGCUACAUCGAGAACGUUUGUGGGACCCUCACCCUGCACCCCUGCGGGAAUGCCUGUGCCGUUGAUGGCCUGCGGGUUAAGCAGCCCACUCGCCUGACCCAAGGGUGCAUGAUCUGCCUGGGGCAGUCAACCUUCCUCCGGUUUAAUCACCCUGCUGAGGCCAAGUGGAUGAAAAGCAUGAUCCCAGCUGGAGAAAGGAGUCCUGGGGCCCCCUAUGGACUCACGGCAGAAUCGGAGAGUCUAGUGAACGGCAACCACCAGCUGUCUCUGAAUGAUGUCCAUAAGGGGCAGGGAGGCAGGCCCCGGCCCAGCCACAGCUCCCUGGUCAGCUCUAUCGAGAAGGACCUGCAAGACAUCAUGGACUCUUUGGUGAUGGAGGACUCGAGCUCUCCCAGGAGAAAGCUCUCUGCCAAUGCCCAGUCCCCUGUGUCCUCCGUGGUGAACGGUGGUGGGCACUACUUCUUGUCCCCACCCUUGAGCCCUGGGGCCAUGUCUGUGGGCUCCAGCUAUGACAACGCAUCCCCGCCCUUCUCCCCGCUUUCAUCCCCAGCCAGCAGUGGCAGCUACACUAGUCCCUCUCCCAGUAGCCAGGAGCAGGGGCCGCCCAUCCCCCCCGUGGUGCCAGUGAGAUCUUCCAGCUACAACCAUGCCAUGCAGUCCCCACAGCAGCGGCCACUUCCACCUCCAUGUGGGGGCUCCAGCCUGGACCUGAGGAACAGCACCAUAGGCACAAGUGAGACACAGCUUGCAGAGAGUCCCAAGAUGCAAAGGAGGGCAGUGCAUGACGUCCCCCUGAGCCCCAAGCCUGGCCAGAGAGCCCUGCACCCUGAAGGCCCUGGGCUGUCAGCCUUCUCCAGCACCCGCAGAGCUGCUGAGAGCACACAGCUGGGCCAUCCUAACCAGCAUGUGCCCCUGGUGUCUGUAAGCUCAAGUGACUAUGUAGCAGGGAGCCCCCAGGCUCAGCCUACCAACAUCCCCAGCAGCCCCCGGCUGGUACCCAAAUUUCAGUCACCGUCUUCUCAGAGGUUGAAAAUUGUGGCUCUUCAAGAGCGUCCACCCAGCCCCUUCAGGGAGGGCAGGGAGCCCCCUGGCAUUGACAGACACCUGGCCUCCAGCCCCUCCCGGCAGGUGUUGACAAGAGUCUUCCAGCCCCUGGAGACUGUGGGUUUCAUCCAUGUCAAUCAGGACAGCCGCUCUCUGCAGCCCCCUGAGAGUCCCAGAAUGGGCAGAAGGAGCAUGGAGAGCAUGAGGGAUUUGCCUCCCCUCAGCCCUUCCCUGUCUCGCCGGGCAGCACCCCUGCCCUCUGCCUUGUCUCCCCAAGCAAGGACCCCCCAAGAGAGUCCCUCACAGCAGACCAAGCUGGCCAAGGAGGUUCCUGAGAGCCCUCGCAUCCGGCGCAAGGCAGCCAGGCCCCUGGAGAGGCAUGAAGACUUCUCCUCCUCGUCCUCCUUGACGGGGAAGAAUUUGAGAACCAGGAGCCCCUCACCCAUCUUCCAGGCAGAACUUGCCUCCCAGCGUAAGCCCAGCUUUGGCAUCACCCUCAGCCCUGCAUACAGCCUGGGAUCGCUGGUUGUGCCCUCGCCCCGUCAGAGCCCCCGGGUACAGAGGAAGCUGUCAGGAGAUCUGCGUCUGCCUGUGAGUACGAGGGAGCGCAAAAACAGCAUCACUGAGAUCAGUGACAAUGAGGAUGACCUGCUGGAGUAUCACCGCCGCCAGCGCGAGGAGCGGCUGCGUGAGCAGGAGAUGGAGCGCCUGGAGCGCCAGCGUCUGGAGACCAUCCUGAGCCUGUGUGCGGAAUACACCAGAACUGAUGGCACCACAGACGCAGGCAGCUCACACCAGCACUUCCCGAGUGACGGAGAUGCCACCACCAACAUCCUGACAGCCAGGAGGCACUCCAAGGGCUCAGCCAGCCUGGCUGCCUUGGGCCUUGGCAAGGCCAUAGAGGAGACUGGAGAGGCCCCAGGGCCCCAGCAGAGGGAGAGCCUGGAGAAAUCAGACGAGGAGAAUCUGAAGGAGGAAUGUAGCAGCACGGAGAGCACGCACCACGAGCACGAGGACUCGACGGGCUCCAAGACCAAGGAGGCUGCCCUGCUGGAGGAGGAAUGGGUGCGGGUGCUGGGCCACGUGGAUGAGCUCAAGAGCCAUGUCAAGGAGCUGGAGCAGCAGCUGCAGGAGUCGUCUCAUGAGGCGGAGAUGGAGCGGGCACUGCUGCAGGGGGAGCGGGAGUCGGAAAUGAUACAGCUGCAGCAGGAACAGAAGAUCGUGCAGCAGCUGCAAGAGAAACUGUGUGAGCUGGACUCCAGCAUCCAGAAGGAGCGGGACACGGAAAGGGCAAAGGUUGAUGCUGAAAGGAAGGAGCUAGAGAAACUCCAGGCGCUUUACAAUGAGUCGAAGAGCCAGCUUGAUAACUGCCCUGAGUCAAUGCGGGAGCAGUUACAGGACCAGAUGAGAAGGGAGACAGAGGCCCUGGAGACGGAAACCAAGCUGUUUGAGGACUUGGAGUUCCAGCAGCUAGAAAAAGAGAGUCGCUUGGAGGAGGAGCGUGAGACCGUGAGCCAGCAGCUCCUGCAGAGCAAGGCUGAGUGCCACCGCAGUAUCGCCAAGAGGAAGGAGCGGGUGGCUGCAUUGGAAAGCCAGGCCAAUCACAUCCGGCUCCAGGCUGCCCAGGAGUCUGAGCGCCUUGCCAAGGAGAAGAAUACCAUGCUGCAGCUGCUGCAGAAGGAGAAAGAGAAGCUUGUCUCCCUGGAGAGACGGUACCAUCUUGUUACUGGCGGCAGGAGCUUCCCCAAAACAUCAUCUGCGCUCAAAGAGGAAAGACUUCAUAUCUCAGAGCCUUAUGACCUGUUAGAGGAAACUAAGCCCCAGAAUCCCCUGCUAGGGGCAAGUGCUUCCUUAGGUCCUUUCUCCGCCCACUCUUACCCCAAGAUGCAAGAGGAGUACAUGAGGCUGUCUGACGUUUUCAGAUUCUACUGCAAUGUGUACGGCUCUGGCCAGGACACUAAAGCUUCUGCUGUUGCCACUGCUGCUGCUCCACUCUCUUUCUUGCUUGCUGUACCUCCUGCAGCCAAUGAGUACGUGACUGUUGACCAGCUCUCAGGGAUUCUGGGCAAUGUCAGAGCUGACCUAGGGCGGGCCCCUCCUGCUUCCCCAUUGGGCCAUCACACUUCAGGCUUCGCCCCUCAAGUUGCUUCGUCUGCAGGCUGCCUUCCUUCUCCUGCGCUACCUCUCUCCUCUUCCUUCAUCUCUGCUGAGAUGGAGAAGCAGCUUCAGGUGGGCCCAGUGCAGCUUUCUGCCCUGGAUUACAUGGCUGGCUUCGAGGCUUCCCCCCCUGCCUCUCCUCACUCCCCCCCUCCUCCUCUUCCUGCUAAAGCUCACUCUUCUCGAAAGCUGUUCCAGGUCUAUCGUGCUAAGAUGGACAGCGACACCGGCUGCACCCUCCCACGCACAAAGAGUGGGUCUGCGUCAUCCUCGCAGCUCAGCGUGGCCAUGCUGGGACGCAGCUCCUCCCCAAAGGGUCCCCUGCACCCACAGAAUGGCACAGGUAGCCUGCCACGGAACCUGGCAGCCACACUGCAGGACAUCGAGACCAAACGCCAGCUGGCCCUGCAGCAGAAGGGGCAGCAGGUGAUUGAGGAGCAGAAGCGGCGCCUGGCGGAGCUGAAGCAGAAAGCGGCUGCUGAGGCGCAGUCCCAGUGGGAAGCCCUGCACGGGCAGCCUCACUACCCCCCUACUUCCUACCCUCCGCUCAUGCAUCACUCCAUUCUCCAUCAUCAUCCUCCCCAUGGCAUCGGGCACCGGGCCGAGGACAUGGACCACGCCUAUGACACACUCAGCCUGGAGAGCUCAGACAGCAUGGAAACCAGUAUCUCCACUGGUGGCAACUCAGCCUGCUCGCCUGAUAACAUGUCCAGUGCCAGUGGGGUGGAAGCAGUGAAGAUCGAGGAGAUGGAGAAGAUGCUGAAAGAGGCCCAUGCAGAGAAAUCUCGCCUGAUGGAGUCACGGGAGCGGGAGAUGGAGCUGCGGCGACAGGCCCUGGAGGACGAGCGCAGGCGGCGGGAGCAGCUGGAGCGGAGGCUGCAGGAUGAGACGGCUCAUCGGCAGAAGCUGAUUGAAAAGGAGGUCAAGAUGCGAGAAAAGCACUUCUCUCAGGGCGGCGACUGCCAUUGGGGUGGCACUGACGAGGCUGCGUUGCUUCUCCAGGCACGGCCCCUGACCAGAUAUCUCCCCAUCCGCAAGGAGGAUUUUGACUUAAAGACACAUAUAGAGUCCUCAGGCCACAGUGUGGACACCUGCUAUCAUGUCAUCCUGACCGAGAAGAUGUGCAAGGGCUAUCUGGUCAAGAUGGGCGGCAAGAUCAAAUCCUGGAAGAAGCGUUGGUUUGUCUUCGACCGUAUGAAACGCACAGUCUCCUACUAUGUUGAUAAACAUGAGACGAAGCUCAAGGGAGUGAUCUAUUUCCAAGCCAUAGAGGAGGUUUAUUAUGACCAUCUCCGCAGUGCUGCUAAGAAAGGACUUUUCAACCUCAGCCUAGCAAAUCAACUAGCAGAUAUUCUCCCCAUUCACUUCCACAGAGAGAGUCCCAACCCAGCUCUUACCUUCUGCGUCAAGACCCACGACCGCCUCUAUUACAUGGUGGCACCAUCAGCUGAGGCCAUGAGGAUCUGGAUGGAUGUCAUUGUGACUGGAGCAGAGGGCUACACCCAGUUCAUGAAUUGAUGGGGACCAGGAGUGCUUACGGUGGUGCUGUUCCAGACCUGCCUUCUCUUCUUCUCCCACAUGGAUUUGCCAUUGACAGUGCCAAGAUGAGCUGGAAGCCCCACCACCACCUGGAUACAGCAGGCAGCCAUUUCCAUCCCCGCCACCUGGGGUGUUUAGCCUGCAGCAAGAAGAUCUUGAAUACAGAGGAGCUGCCUCCCUUGCAGAUGUUGGCUGUAUCAUGCCCUUUGGGCCCUGGUUGGUUAAACCUCCCUGAUGACUAGAGGGGCCUGGCCCCAGGCCCAGCACUCUUGCCAUCUUGCCCUUUUUCCCAAGAGAGCUUUGGGCUGUUUGAAUAAAUGUGGGGGAGUUGGUUUUUUUCAGUGGGAGGGAGGAGGGAUGUUAAAAAAAUAGGAAAAAUCAGCCCUGUAAAGCCAUGAUUUUUUUGUUAUAAAAUCCUUAUUUUUCAUAUUGUAGCCAUUCCUUGUGGAAUCGCUGUUGCGUUUCCCCUUCUGCCUGCACCAAAUGCCCUGCGCUCUCUCUUAAAUGCAGUGUGGGUGAUACGAGUGAAGGCAUGUGCCUAGCUAGUGCCCAGGCAUGGUGUAAUCACUCUCAGACGGAACAGAGAGGUGUUAAGAAAUGCUGGCACAGAGGCCUAGCCAAGAGGGUUUUUUUUAAUAUAUGUAACAGUACAGAACAGACUUUUUUAUUCUUCAAUGGAAACAUAUCAAUAGGCUGAAAGGUACAAAGCCGAAGAGCUGCCAAAGACCAUCCCACCGGUUCCAGUGCAAACUAGGCCUGAAGCUGUUGGAUUAAAGAACUAAGCUAUCUAAAUGCUGCCACUUUUUUAAAUGGGAGAUUGUUGGGCAUCAUUAUAACAACUGCAUCACAGACACAUCUAGCACAUCCUACCAGCACCUGUGACCAGACCCCAGUUUGCUCCACUGUCUACUUGACUUGUUUCCUUUUCUUGUGCCAUGCUCAACAGUGCCAAGGCUGCUGCAGGUGCCAGGACGUGCACCAUCACCGUCCUGCCAGAUUUACUGCAGUGAGGGGUCUGUCCAUGUCAGACAUCUCUCUGCUUUCCUGUGCCUUGACCACCUCAGAGUCUGGGCAUCAACACAGGCCAGGUGCCUGCUUGGAAGGUUCUGAUGGGUUAUGGUGUGGUGUAAAGUUAGAAGUAACUGUCCCAGGUGUGCAAAUGCUGUGGGAUGAGGGGGAAUAUUUAUAUCUGCCAAGCUUGUGAUCUCUCUCAUGCACUAGGCACUGACGUAUAGUCUAAUGGAACCAGUGGCUUGUUCUUCUGACACUGUGAGCUUUAAAAAGUGCCUCACCCAAAGGAGAUGCCAGGAGGGCAGGGCAAGAAGAAUGCAGAGCCUGGUUCUUAAAUCUAGGUGCCUACAGUUAACUGUCUGCACAUGCCUCAUGGGGAGUCAGAGCCUAAAUUCAUAGCUAAAGGCUAAAUGGUGUGAGGUGCAGAGCCCCCUCCAAGUCCCAGAGAGCUGAGGGUGCGCAGCCCCUUGCAGCAUUGGGCCCAUACUAUCCAGUCCUGAAACUGCUCCACCUGUAGAAGUGGAAGUGACAGCACUGGUGCUUUGAGUGGCUAAGAAAUUGGGCCCCUUGAUAUCUUAUGCCCCUUUAAAGUGGCUACCUAUACCUACCCACAUUAGCAAAACCCAGCUGAGAGCUAGGAAUUUCCACAGCUCUCCUCUAGGGCAUAGUGAAGAGUUAAGUUUCACACAGCUGAAAAUCCCUUGAAAGAACAAGACUAUUUAAAUCCCACCUUGCUGUUAUAACCUUGAAAUCCUUAUUUUCCAAAUAUCUUUUUUAACCCUAGGUAUCUGAAUUCCUACAAGUGCCACUGCUGUUCGGCCUAGCUCUCCUUUUGUCCAGUUUGUACCUCCCUCUGCUCACCUAGGCUGGGGGCAGGUAGCAGCCAAUCCAGCCUCUUUUUUCAGUAGUUGUAGACAGACUGCAAACAAUAAAGCCUUUUGAGUAACAGACUUGAGGUUGUUUCCACCUUCCCCACUCUGGACCACAGCCAGCUGAGCCAAAGGGUUCUCAGUAGCACUGUGCUGGGAAGACGCCUGCCCUGCCCCUAUGGAGUUCAGAAGGGUGACAGCCUCAGUGGCUGUCCAGACAAA